GGAAGGAGAAGGGGGUAAAAAUGUCAGAGGCAAGCAGCCGUCCCACCCAUUGGCUCCAACCCAUAUUUCCACGUCUGUUCCUCUCACCAGAUUUUUUGUCCUAUAUAUAUACGAGCUCUCACCCUGGUCGACGCUCACACACACUCUCUCAGUCGUCGUUUCCUCUCGCCACAUCUUUUGUCCUUUAAAUUCAUGCUCUGAUUGACUGACCUUCUUCUACGCUCUACACUUUCGAUCUUUUUGUCGCUCUUUUUUUCUAAAGCCACAAUGUCGUCGCGUCGAGGCGGUGGUAGGCAACCUGACUCUCGCCUAGACCAGCCGUCCCCGGCUGCUUAUCAAGGCGGAGGCGGUAGGGGUCGCGAAGGCGGAGGAGGAAGUGGUCGCGGUGCUUCUUCAACCUUCCCUCCGGCUCCUGCCCCGGAAGCUUCCUUUCCGGCGAAUCCUCCUCCGUCCGCUUCUCCGGCUGGACCUCCUUCAGCAACUCUAGCGUCAUCGGAUUCUUCUGCGGCAUCGAGCUCGGCUAGGCCGCCGGUUUCUUCUGAGGCGUCGAGUUCGUCUCGGCCACUGGUUCCAGAUUCGACAUGUAUUAACAUGUUUGACGGUAGGUACAACGUUAUGGGGAGAUCAUUUAUCCAUCCUGAGUUGGGCCAAACGGGUGAGCUGGGCAAUGGUUUAGAGUAUUGGAGAGGGUUUUAUCAGAGUCUUCGUCCAACCCAAAUGGGACUUUCCCUUAAUAUUGAUGUGUCAGCUCGGGCGUUCUAUGAACCGAUUCUUGUGACAGAUUUUGUUGCAAAACAUUUUAAUUUCAAUGUUUCAAUGCCUCUGUCUGAUCAAGAUCGUCUGAAGAUUCAAAAAGCACUGAGAAGAGUCAAAGUAGAGGUUACUAAUAGGGAGUAUUCCAGAAGUUACAAAGUCACUGCGGUAACAACACAACCAACGAGCCAGUUAACGUUUACUCUUGAUGACCAGGGAACGAGAAUAUCAGUUGCUCAAUAUUAUCGUGAGAAAUAUAAUAUUGCGCUUAAGAAUGUGAAUCUGCCAGCCCUUCAAGCUGGGAGUGAUACAAAACCUAUUUAUUUGCCUAUGGAGCUUUGUAAGAUUUCUCCUGGACAGAGAUACUAUAAGAGAUUAAAUGAAAGACAAGUGACUAAUCUUUUAAGAGCAACUAGCCAACGGCCUCAAGAUAGGCAAAAUAGCAUCAACCAGGAAUGUAUACAACCUGAUGACACUUAAAUGGGCAAUGGCAAAGUUAUUCCAGAAUCCUGCAACCAUGACAAAAGUUCAACAAGAAAACAAGAAAGAAGAAUUUGAUAUUGCUUGAGGCUCCAAAUGAAUUUGAUAUUGUCCAAGUUGGAAUUUGUGGUUGUAUUUCAUAUAGAUAAAUACUUUACACUUGGUGUUGUAUGUUGUUGGGUCUUGUAAUUGUUUGUAA